UAUCCCUCAAAAGUGACACCCUAGUAACAAACAAAAGAAAAGAAUACGCCUGUGGGCUUCGUUCGUUCUUGGGUUUGUGGUCUUGCAGAUUGCCCUUUACCACCCACUCCGCCUCCCCCAAUAUUCCUGGGUCUGUUCGUGGGCUGCUAUAAUUUCCUUCUUUGAUUUAUCAAUUAAUCCUUUAGUGGUAGCAUCAUUUUGGGAGAAGAAGGUGUGAGUGAGUAAUUUUACAGCUUCGAAGAAUACAUUAUCGAUUGGUGGAGGAAACGGACUGAUGUCGCUGAGAAUAAAGACGGUUGUAGAUAAGUUUGUGCAGGAGCUGAAGGAGGCCCUGGAUGCUGACAUACAGGACAGAAUUAUGAAGGAAAGGGAGAUGCAGAGUUAUAUUGAGGAGCGUGAACGCGAAGUUGCUGAGCGAGAAGCUGCCUGGAAGGCCGAGCUCUCUCGCCGUGAGGGUGAGAUUGCUAGACAAGAAGCAAGGCUAAAGAUUGAAAGAGAAAAUCUCGAGAAAGAGAAAAGCGUGCUUAUGGGAACUGCAUCAAAUCAAGAUAAUCAAGAUGGAGCUCUUGAAAUAACAGUAAGCGGCGAGAAGUAUCGUUGCCUCAGGUUUGCGAAAGCAAAGAAAUGAGGCGCACAAAACUUUAUUUGUUAUACUAUCUUUUUAUGACAUGUUUGGUAGGGAUAAACGAAUAGCAUUGGACAAUAUUGCAAGAGAAAAAUGAAUUGAAGUUUAUUAUACUGUCCAGUCUUACUUACGACUGUGCACCAAACAUGCAUUGACUAGUUUAGAAGUCAAUUGGAUGCUUUUAGUCGUGAAUGCAAGCACUUGAUAAUUUAAACGCCGAGCUUGUUUUCAAAUUAUUUAACAAUGAAAUGUUGGUUUU